CAUCGCUGGGGUUUCUGUUUUAUUUACUGGAAGGGAGGGGGGACCAAAACCUAGAUGGUCUCCCCAUGUCCCCCACACCUCAUUUUUCCCCUUUUCCCUGUGUGUCUCUCAGUAAGGAUCUGCUUUCCCUCACCCCGAUGAGAGCCUCUUGCCUUCUCAGACUCUGACAAGACUCCAGGAAACCAAGAUGGAUUACAGUUCCUUCAGUGGAGCCCCAAGGUUCCUGACUCGGCCUAAGGCCUUCAUGGUGUCGGUGGGGAAGGAUGUCACCCUGAGCUGCCAGAUUGUGGGAAACCCCAUCCCACUGGUGAUCUGGGAAAAGGAUAAGCUUCCGAUCCAGUCGGGGGGAAGGUUUAAAAUGGUGGAAGAUGGUGAUCUGUACCGGCUAACAAUUUAUGACCUGAGCUUAGAGGACAGUGGUCAGUAUAUCUGCAGGGCCAAGAACACCAUUGGGGAAGCUUUCACUGCUGUCAGUAUCAAAGUUGGGGAGGAGACGACGGUGACGGAAUCGGCCCCUUACUUCAUCCAGAAACCCUCCUCCAUCAGAGUGACCCUGGGAGACGAUGUUACGUUCAAAUGUAAAGUCCAGGGCAGCCCACCUCUCUCUGUGAACUGGGAGAAAGAUGGAAGGCACGUGAGGGGCUGGUCUGACUCCAACCGCUUCCAGAUUGAGUCCCUCGGGGAGUCAAAUGCUCUCAAGAUCCAGUGCGCUCGGUUGGGGGACAGUGGGACAUACAUGUGUCGGGCGGAGAACCCCAUUGGCUCUGCCAGUGCUACCGCCACCCUGGUGGUGGACACACACAGUCCGAGCAGCAGCCAUCUAGACACAGGCUAUGGCAAGACUGCCUCCUUGCUGUCUCAUUUGCAAAAGAGGCGCGAGGAAAUCAGGAAGAGAGGGGCUCCCGCAACGCCACCUUCGGUACUGACGCGUACCUUCAACGUGACGGAGGGGAAGCACGCCAAGCUGAGCUGCUAUGUGACAGGAGAGCCGAAGCCGGAGAUCGUGUGGAAGAAGGAUGGCGAGGUGAUUGCAGAGGGGCGCCGGCACAUUGUGUACGAGGACGAACAGGAGAACUUCGUGCUGAAGAUCCUUUUCUGCAAGCAGGUCGAUAACGGGCUCUACACCUGCACAGCCUCCAACCUGGUGGGACAGACCUACAGCUCCGUGCUGGUGACUGUCCGAGAGCCCACCAUACCGUUCAAGACAAAACUGAAGGAUGUUGAAGUUCAGGAGAAAGAAUCUGCCACCUUCCAGUGUGAGGUGCCCGUCCCUAGCACUGAAACUGCCUGGUUCAAGGAGGAGACCAAACUCCAACAGAGCAAGAAGUACAACAUCGAAGAAGAGGGGACGUACCGCCGGCUCACCGUCCAGAACGUCACCACGGACGAUGACGCCGUCUACAUCUGUGAAAUGAAGGAGGGGAGCAGGACCAUCGCGGAACUGACUGUCCAGGGGAACAUCAUUAAAAAACUGCCACGGAAGACUGCGGUCCCCAUAAACGACACAGCCAUAUUCUGCGUGGAGCUGGACAAUGAGUGCCAGAACAUCCGCUGGCUGAAGAAUAUGGAAGAAAUGAAGCCCAAUGACCGAAUCACCAUCACCUCAUCCGGCAAGCAACAUACGCUGAUUAUCCGGGAGUGCAAGAUGGAAGACGCUGGGGAGAUCGCAUUCCUGGCUGAUGAGUGCCGAACAUCUACCCAGUUCACUGUGUCCACUCCAAGAAAACCCCCCUCUCAUCCCCCAUCCGACCCCGUGGUGAAAAAUAAAACAGAAACCUCAGUGACGCUUGCCUGGUCCCCUCCCAAAAUGGAGCAACUCAUUCUCAUCGAUGGCUACCUGGUGGAACGUAAGAAACUGACUGGCUUUACCUGGAUGAGAUGCCACCAGUCUCACAUCCCCGUCCCAGAGUUCACAAUGAGCGAUCUGGCAGAAGAGGCAGACUACCAGUUCCGAGUGUCUGCAGUCAACAGCUAUGGGCAGAGCUCUUACCUAGAGUUCCCAGGAACCCUGCACCUCGAACCAGCAUUGGCUGUGAAAACUCCCCUGACAGAUGUUGAAGCUACUGCAGGAGGUGAUGCUACCUUCAUUGUUGACCUCACAACCGAUUGUUCUGGCACCUGGUACCUUAAGGGCAAAGCCAUACAGAGCAGUGAAAUCUACAUCAUUCGGAGAACCAAAACCACCCACCUCCUCACCAUAAAAAACGUCACCAAGAAUGACGAUGGAGCAGAGGUGAAAUUUGUCGCCAAGAAUGUUGAAACCAGUACCAAGAUGAAUGUAAAAGCUGCUGCAGUAAGAAUCACCAACAAGAGUGGAGAUAUAGAGAAGGUCUCUGCUCGGCUGCGUGAGGAGGCACAGCUUUGGGCGGAACUUUCAGACGCGGCUGCUGCUGUGAAGUGGAUGAAGAAUGGGAAGGAAAUCCAGGCCAGUCCAAAAUAUGAAUUGAAAACAGCAGAGAAGAAACGCAUCCUGAAAAUUCACAACAUCGCAGCAGAGGAUGCUGGCAUUUAUGAAUGUGUCUGUGAAGGGGAUGACAUAGUCUAUCAGCUCUCAGUGAAAGCGCUCGUGCACUUCACGAACAAAGAGAAAGCCGGUGGUGUUCUCAUCGCCACCUCUGGAAAACAGGCCGAGUUUGUUUCUGAGACCUCUGAAGCCAAUGUCAUGGUGCAGUGGUACAAAGACGGCAAAGAAAUCAAACGCACAAAGAAAUUCACCCUGGAGGAUAACGGGAAGCUGCACAAGCUCAUCGCCUCAGCUGUAACAAAAGAAGAUGAGGGAACGUACAUGUGCAAAGUUGGAGAGGACACUCUAGUUUUCAAUUUAAAGGUCUCAGAUGAAGUUGUUAAGUUUGUCAACAAGCCUAAAGCAAUGCCAGAAAUUUCAGUCAGUCCUUCUGAGGGUCUAGAGCUGGCGUGUGAGGUCUCGGUGGCGAGUGGAGCUGUUGUGUGGAAGAAGGAUCAAACUGAGGUUAAGCAGGACCAGAGAACGACAGUCACCUCUCAGGGAACAGACCGAAAGCUCAUCAUCAAGAAUGUGACACAGCAUGACCAAGGGAGCUACACCUGUGAAUCAAAGGAUGACAAAGUAACAUUCCAAGUCAAAGUCAAAGAGACGGAAGAGAUGUUUGCAAACAAGGAGAAGGUGCAGAAGGAGGUGAAGGCCAUUCUGACAGAGAGCGCCACCCUCAGCUGUGAGGUGACUCAGGCCAAGACUGAAGUGAGGUGGUACAAGGACGGGAAACUGAUCACCUCCAGCAAGAAAUUCAAGGUGGAGUCUGAGGGCAAAUCCCGGCGUCUGGUCGUGGAGCAGGUGGAGAAGAAAGAUGCUGGAGAGUACACCUGUGAGGCCGCAGGCCAGAAACUGACCUUCAAGGUUAUCAUCACAGAGCCUGAAGAAGUGUUUGCAAACAAGGAAAAGGUGCAGAAGGAGGUCAAGGCCAUCCUGACAGAGAGUGCCACCUUGAGCUGUGAGGUGGCCCAGGCCAAGACUGAAGUGAAAUGGUACAAGGACGGGAAACUGAUCACCUCCAGCAAGAAAUUUAGGGUGGAGUCUGAGGACAAAUCCCGGCAUCUGGUCGUGGAGCAGGUGGAAAAGAAAGAUGCUGGAGAGUAUACCUGUGAGGCCGCAGGCCAGAAAUUGACCUUCAAGAUUAUCAUCACAGAGAUGGAAGAGGUGUUUGCAAACAAGGAGAAGGUGCAGAAGGAGGUGAAGGCCGCCCUGACAGAGAGCGCCACCCUGAGCUGUGAGGUGGCCCAGGCCAAGACUGAAGUGAAAUGGUACAAGGACGGGAAACUGAUCACCUCCAGCAAGAAACUCAAAGUGGAGUCUGAGGGCAAAUCCCGGCGUUUGGUUGUGGAGCAGGUGGAGAAGAAGGACGCUGGAGAGUACACCUGUGAGGCCUCAGGCCAGAAACUGACCUUCAAGGUUCUUGUCACUGAGCCCGAAGAAGUGUUUGCAAACAAGGCGAAGGUGCAGAAGGAGGUGAAGGCCGUCCUGACAGAGAGCGCCACCCUGAGCGUUGAGGUGGCCCAGGAAAAGUCUGAAGUGAAAUGGUAUAAGGACGGGAAACUGAUCACCUCCAGCAAGAAAUUCAGAGUGGACUGUGAGGGCAAAUCCCGGCGUCUGGUCGUGAAGCAGCUUGAGAAGACGGACGCUGGAGAGUACACCUGUGAGGCCGCAGGCCAGAAACUGACCUUUAAAAUUAUCAUCACAGAGCCUGAAGAGGUGUUUGCAAACCAGGAGAAGGUGCAGAAGGAGGUGAAGGCCGCCCUGACAGAAAGCGCCACCCUGAGCUGUGAGGUGACCCAGGCCAAGACUGAAGUGAAAUGGUACAAGGACGGGAAACUGAUCAUCUCCAGCAAGAAAUUCAAAGUGGAGUCUGAGGAUAAAUCCCGGCGUCUGGUCGUGGAGCAGGUGGAGAAGAAAGACGCUGGAGAGUACACCUGUGAGGCUGCAGGCCAGAAACUGACUUUCAAGGUUAUUGUCACAGAGGCAGAAGAUGUGUUUACAAACAAAGAGAAGGUGCAGAAGGAGGUGAAGGCCGUCCUAACAGAGAGUGCCACCCUGAGCUGUGAGGUGGCCCAGGCCAAGACUGAAGUGAAAUGGUACAAGGAUGGGAAAUCGAUCACUUCCAGCAAGAAACUCAAAGUAGAGUCUGAGGGCAAAUCCCGAAGGCUGGCCGUGGAGCAGGUGGAGAAGAAAGAUGCUGGAGAGUACACCUGUGAGGCCGCAGGCCAGAAACUGACCUUCAAAGUUAUCAUCACAGAACCUGAAGUUGUGUUUGCAAACAAGGAGAAGGUGCAGAAGGAGAUGAAGGCUGUCCUGACGGAGAGCACCACACUGAGCUGUGAGGUGGCGCAGGCCGAGACUGAAGUGAGGUGGCACAAGGACGGGAAACUGAUCACCUCCAGCAAGAAAUUCAAAGUGGAGUCUGAGGGCAAAUCCCGACGACUGGUCGUGGAACAGGUGGAGAAGAAGGACGCUGGAGAGUACACCUGUGAGGCCGCAGGCCAGAAACUGACCUUCAAGGUUAUCGUCACAGAGCCAGAAAUUGUAUUUGCAAACCAGGAGAAGGUGCAGAAGGAGGUGAAGGCUGUGCUGACAGAGAGCGCCACCCUCUCCUGUGAAGUGGCCCAGGCCAAGACUGAAGUGAAAUGGUACAAGGACGGGAAACUGAUCACCUCCAGCAAGAAAUUCAGAGUGGAGUCUGAGGGCAAAUCCCGGCGUCUGGUCGUGGAGCAGGUGGAGAAGAAGGAUGCUGGAGAGUACACCUGUGAGGCCGCAGGCCAGAAACUGACCUUCAAGUUUAAUGUCACAGAAAUCCCUGUGAAGUUUGCAAAGAAAUUAGAAGCGGUCAGUGCCGAGAUCGGAGGGACCAUCUCUCUGACCUGUGAGCUGAGCCAGGCUAAGGGGGAUGUGCUGUGGUACAAGGACAGAGUUGAGGUCAAACCCAGCAAGCGCUUCCAGAUUCGUGAGGAUGGUGUCAAGCGGAUCCUGACCAUAAUGGGACUCCGGGCCGAAGACAAGGGAGAGUAUUCCUGUGAAUCGCGGGACGACAAAAGCAGCAUUCAGGUCACCCCCAAAGUUCCUAGAGUGGUGAAGUUCACUACAGGCCUUCACAACGUGGUGUCUGAAGAAGGAAAAGAGGCCACGUUCAAAUGCACCGUCUCCCCCAACGAUGCUGCAGUUACAUGGCACAGAAACGGUGUCAAAAUUGAAGCCAGUAAGAAACACGUGAUCUCUCAGAAGGACACCAACCAUAGCCUCACCAUCACUGACCUGACUCUGGAGGAUGCAGCAGAAAUCUCAGCCAAUGCAGAGGGUGUGGAAAGCAAAGCCACCCUCACAGUCCGAGAGGCGCCGGUGACGUUCAAGAAGAAACUGGAGCCCAAAACGGUUGAGGAGAGGGACACGGUGACCCUGGAGGUGGAGCUGAGCAAGCCUUCCGCGGAGGUGAAAUGGAUGAGGAACAGCAUCGUGCUGCAGUCCAGUGACAACGUCGAGAUCAAGGCCGAGGGGACGAAACACAGCUUGAUGAUUAAGAACAUCACCUUUGCCGACCGGGGCUUCUAUUGCUGUGAGACUCUCGAGGAGAAGACCCAGGCCAAGCUGAAUGUGCAAAUGAGGCAGAUCAAACUGGUGAAAGGCCUGCAGCCGCUGGAAGCCCGUGAAAAGGGGACUGUCACCUUCGAGCUGGAGCUGUCUCAUGAGGAUGUGGAAGGAAGCUGGAUGAAGGAUGGCCUGAAACUGAAACCAGGGGAGAACUGCCACAUUAGCAUCCUGGGGAAGAAACAUUCACUGACACUUUCGUCCCUGAAGCUAGAAGACUCAGGCCUCAUCGCCUUCAAGGCAGAAGGCAUCCAUUCUUCAGGGAGGCUUAUAGUAACAGAGUUGCCUGUGAAAAUAAGCAAGCCUUUGCUCGACAUCAAAGCUCCUGAGAAGGAUAAGGUGACAUUUGAGUGCGAGCUCUCCAGGCCUAAUGUGGAGGUCAAGUGGUUUAAGAACGGAUCUGAGCUCCGCCCAAGUAAAAACGUGACAAUUAUUUCCCAGGAAAUUAAGAGAAGCCUCAUUAUUCACAAGUGUGACUAUGAUGACCAAGGAACCUAUGUAUGCGAUGCAGCUGACGACAAGAGUUCCGCUACCCUUAUGGUCCAUGCCCGAGAUAUCAAGAUUAUUAAACCACUGGAAGAUGUGGAAGUGAAUGAAAAGGAGAGUGCAUCUUUCACCUGUGAGAUCUCACAUGAUGAAGUCCAAACCCAGUGGUACAAAAACGACAACAAACUGAGGGCUGGAGACAACAUUAAGAUGCGUCAAAAAGGAAAGACCUAUGCAUUAGUUUACAAAAGUGUCCAUGUGGAAGAUGCUGCGGAGAUCAAAUUUGUAGCAGAAAAGGCAGAAUCUCGAGCGCAACUUAGAGUUAAAGAACUGCCUGUAAAAUUUGUGAAGCCUCUGCGCGAUAAGAUUGCUAUUGAGAAGCACCGGGGUGUCCUGGAAUGCCAGGUGUCCCGCCCUACGGCCAAGGUUAAGUGGUAUAAGAAGAACGUUGAGAUUCUUCCCAGCCAGAAAUAUGAGCUGGUGAGUGACGGUGUCUAUAGGAAACUCAUCAUCAACGACGCCGAGUUUCAGGAUGAGGACGUUUACACAUGUGAUGCUACUGAUGACACAAGCAGUGCUCAUUUCUAUGUUGAAGAGCAAUCCAUUAAUAUUGUAAAGGAGUUAAGUGAUGUGGAUGUGACAGAGCCCGCAGAAGCCAAGUUUGAAUGUGAGAUCUCCAUUACAUCGGUGAAGCCCCCGAAAUGGUCUCUGGGUGGAGAGGUCUUACAGACGGGCAGAAACAUUACUAUAGAGCAAGAAGGCACCAUCCAUCGGCUGAUUCUCUGGAAGACCAAUUCUGACAUGACAGGCACCAUUCAGUUUGCAAUUGGCAAAUCAAAAUCCACAGCAAACCUGCUUGUAAGAGAUAUUAACGUGCAGAUUACCAGAAAGUUGGAGGAUAAGACUGCCUUAGAACGCCAUUCAGUCGUGCUGUCCUGUGAUUUUAGGCCUUCUCCAAAGGUUGUAGAGUGGUUCAAGGGCCACACCCUCAUUGAGCCCUCUGAAAAAUACAAACCCAAGUGGGAGAAGCACACAGCAGAACUCAAAAUUCUGAAACUGACACCUGAAGAUUCCGGCACAUACAAGUGCCGAGCAGGAAAUGCAGAAACCAAAGCCACGCUGACAGUGGAAGCUCGGCAGGUGGCGAUAACCAAACACUUGCAGGAUGUGGAGACUGAGGAGGAGAGCUGCGCUGUCUUCUCCUGCGAGCUGUCCCAUGACGACGAGGAUGUGGAAUGGUUACUGAAUGACACCGUCCUCUACACCAACAGCUGUAAUGAGAUCAAGAAGAUCGGCAAGUGCCACACUCUGACACUGAAGCAAGUCACGCCAGACGAUGCAGGAACGGUGACGGUCAAGACGGAGAAGGUGUCGGAAAGCGCUCAGCUGAAGGUGAAAGAGAAGCCCAUCAUCUUCAUGAAGUCCUUGGAUGAUGUCGUUGGGGAGGAGCGUGGUGUGAUCACACUGGAGUGUGAGGUCUCCAAACCAAAGGUCAAACCCGUCUGGAAGAAGGACGAUGUGGAGCUCACCCCUGGCGACAAGUAUGAGCAGAUGCAAGCUGGGAAAACACUGUGUCUCAUUGUUCACGAUCUGAACAAGAAUGAUGCUGGUUUAUACACAUGUGAUAUUGGCACUGACCUUGCCAAGUCACGAGUCAGUAUUCAGGAGCUGAACAUUGGUAUCACUAAACGCCUGAAGAGCACUGAAGUUCAAGAAGGGGAGAAUUGUACUUUUGAGUGUAUUUUGUCCCAUGAAAGCAUUGGCGAUUUCCACUGGCUGCUGAAGGGGAAUGAAGUUCACAGUGGUGGACGAUUUAAGACCUUUAACAAAGGGCGGAAAUACACCCUCGACAUCAGAAAUGUGGUUGCUGCUGAUGCUGGGGAAGUAGUCUUCACUGCUCGCAACUUGAACUCCAAGGCCUCGCUGGUUGUGAAAGAAAAACCAGCAGAGAUUAUAAAGCAGCUGGAGGAUAAGACAGCAGCAGCAGGACAAGACAUCCGCCUGAGCUGUGAAAUGUCCAAACCUGACACAAAUGUGAAGUGGUACAAGGAUGGCAAAGCAAUCCGGAAAAGCCAAAAAUAUGACUUACGCCAAGAGGGAACAUGGGCCAUACUCGUCAUCCAUGAUUCCAUGACCAAGGACACUGGGGAAUACAUGUGUGAGAUGGAGACAUCUAAAACUAAAGCAUUGGUCACAGUAGAAGAAAAACCCAAUCGCUUUGUGAAGGAGCUUUCAGAUCUGAAAGCUGAUGAAAAAGGAGUCGCUGUUUUUAUGUGUCAGACUGAGAAAGCCGCACCCACAGUGACCUGGCGGAAAGGGAUGGUCGAGCUCAAGACAAGCAAGAAAUACGAGAUCAUCCAGAAAGGGACCAUCCUGCAGCUCACUAUUAAUGCCUUAGAGAAAAGCGACAGUGACACCUACACCUGCGAUGUUGGCGAGGCCCAGUCUAGAGCCAAGCUGAUCGUGCAAGGCCAGAAAAUACUAAUAACCGAAGAUCUGGAAGAUGUUGAUGUGGUAGAAGGAGAAUCUGCCAUGUUCAAAUGCAGAAUCUCUCCGGUAGAAUAUAGCAAUGUGCAGUGGUUUUUGGAUAAAACCCCACUCCAUACCAAUGAACUUAAUGACACCCAGUCUCAGCCUGGAGGAUAUCACUUGCUAACCUUGAAAAAACUGUCACUGAAGGAUUCGGGGGUCAUUACCUUUGAAGCUGGUGAUAAGAAAACAUCUGCCAGUUUGGUUGUUAAAGAGAAGCCCUGCAUCAUUACAAAGGAGCUUGCUGAUGCCGAAAUCAUUGAGGGAGAGGAUGCCUUUCUUCAUUGUGAAACCUCCAAAUCAGACAGCCCGGUAAAGUGGUGCAAAGAUGGGAAGACCCUUAGAAACUCCUCUAAGUAUAAGAUCAGCCGGUCGGGAUUUGAAGCCACGCUUGUCAUUCAUGGGACAGAAGAGAGAGACAGUGGCAGAUAUGAGUGUGAGGCUGGAACAGCUAAAAGUAGUGCAGUUGUCACUGUCAAGGCUCUGCCAGUUCUUUUCAAACGAGAACUCCAGAAUGAGGAAGCUAAAGAAGGAAGCCAAGUCAAACUGACCUGUGAGCUUAGCAAACCUGACAUCCCCGUGAAAUGGACAAAGGGAGAUACAGUUCUACAACCCAGUGACAAGUAUGAGUUAAAGCAACACGGCACUGUUGCAGAGCUCAUUAUUCAAGAUGCCAAAUCAAUAGAUGCUGGAGACUAUACCUGCAGCACCGGAGAACAAAAGACAACUGCUCGGGUGGAAGUAAAUGCUUUGCCAGUCCUUUUUAAACAAAACCUGCAGAACACAGAAAUGGAAGAGGGGAGCACCGUAGCUUUGCGCUGUGAGAUCACUAAACCCGAUGCCCGAGUGGUGUGGAAGAAGGGAGGAGCCAUACUCCAGGAGAGUGCCAAAUAUGAGCAGAAGCAGAAGGGUUGUGUGGCAGAGCUGCUCAUUCACAAUGCAGAGCCAGAGGAUGCUGGAAGAUACACCUGUGAUUCUGGAGACCAGCAGACGACUGCUCAAGUCAAAAUCCACGCCCUGCCUGCACUCAUCAAAGAAGAACUGAAGAACUUGGAAGCCACAGAAGGUGGAACAGCCACUCUGCACUGUGAGCUGAGCAAAGCCGCUCCAGUGGAGUGGAAGAAGGGGCCUAAGGGGCUCAGGCCAAGUGGCAAAUACAGAAUGAGACAAGAAGGCACCAUUGCUGAGCUGGUCAUCCACGAUGUAGAUCUGAAGGAUGCUGGAGAUUACACAUGUGUAUUGGGAGAUCAAAAAACCACAGCAGCCUUAACAGUGAAUGCCCUACCCGUACGUUUCAAAAAGGAACUGAAGAACGAGGAAGCCACCGAGAGUGGAACAGCCACACUGCACUGUGAGCUGACCAAGGCUGUUGACUCAGUUGAGUGGAUGAAGGAUCAAAAGGUGCUGAAACCAAGUGGCAAAUACAGGAUGAGGCAGGAAGGCCGCUUUGCUGAGUUGAUUAUCCAAGACCUAGAUUUGGCGGAUGCUGGAGAUUACACUUGUGUGUGUGGCAACCAGAAGACAACAGCGGCUCUAACAGUAAAUGCCUUGCCUGCACUUUUCCAAGAAGAACUGAAUAACGAGGAAGUUUCAGAGGGUGGGACAGUCACUCUGCACUGUAAAUUGAGCAAGCCCGCCCCAGUGGAGUGGAAGAAGGGACAAAAGGCUCUCAGACCAAGUGAAAAAUGCAAAAUAAGCCAGGAGGGUCCCUUUGCUGAACUGUUGAUCCAUGAUCUGGAUCUGACGGAUGCUGGAGAUUACACUUGUGUGUGUGGAGAACAGCAGACUACAGCUACCUUGACAGUGAAUGUUCUGCCUACACUUUUCACCAAAGAACUGAAGAAUCAAGAAGCUACAGAAGGCGAAAGUGCCAUUCUGCGCUGCGAGCUAAACAAGGUUGCUCCUACCGUGGAGUGGAAGAAGGGACACAAGACCCUCAAACUGAGCGACAAGUAUAAAAUGAGACGGGAAGGUGGUGGUGUUGAAUUGAUAAUCCAAGACCUAGAAGUGACAGAUGCUGGAAAUUAUACCUGUGUGUGUGGAGACCAACAGACCAUGGCGUCUGUCACUGUAAAUGUCCUGCCUGCAUUUUUCAAAGAGGGAUUGAAGAAUCAGGAAGCCUCAGAAGGUGCGACAGCCACUCUGCACUGUGAGCUGAGCAAAGUCCCUGUCCUAGUGGAGUGGAAGAAGGGGCAAAAAACGCUCAAACCCCGUGAAAAGUACAGAAUGCGACAGGAAGGUGCCAUUGCAGAGCUGUUGAUCCGUGACCUGGAUGUAGAAGAUACAGAUGAUUAUACCUGUGUGUGUGGAGACCAGAAGACCUCUGCUGUCUUGACAGUCCAUGCCCUGCCUGCUCUGUUCAAAAAAGAACUCAAAAAUGAGGAAGCCACAGAAAGUGGGACAGCUACUCUCCACUGUGAGUUGACCAAAGCUGCUCCAGUGGAGUGGAUGAAGGAUCAAAAGGUGCUCAAAGCUAGUGACAAAUAUAAAAUGAGACAGAAGGAUGCCAUUGCUGAGCUGACAAUCCAUGACCUGGAGGAACAGGAUGCUGGAGAUUAUACUUGUGUGUGUGGAGACCAGAAAACCACUGCAUCCUUGACAGUGCAUGUCCUUCCUCCACGUUUUAAAAAAGAAUUGAAGAAUUUGGAAGCCAGAGAAGGUGAAGCAGCCAUUCUGCACUGUGAGUUGACCAAGGUCGCUGCCCCAGUGGAAUGGAAGAAGGGGCCCAAAGUGCUCAAACCAAGCGACAAGUUUAGAAUGAGACAGGAAGGCACCAUUGCUGAGUUAGUGAUCCAUGAUUUAGAUCUGACAGAUGCUGGAGAUUAUACAUGCAUGUAUGGAGACCAAAAAACCACAGCUGCCUUAACAGUGAAUGCUCUGCCUGCACAUUUCAAGGAAGAAAUGACAAAUGAGGAAGCCACGGAAGGUGGGAGAGCCACUCUGCGCUGUCAGCUGACCAAGGUUGCUUCGGUGGAGUGGAAAAAGAAGCACAAGGCGCUCAAACCAAGUGACAAAUAUACAAUGAGGCAGGAAGGUGCCAUUGCAGAACUAGUCAUCCAUGAUUUAGACAUCAGGGACUCUGGCGAUUAUACCUGUGUAUGUGGAGACCAGAAGACAACGGCAGCUUUGAUAGUGCAUGCCCUGCCGGUAUUUUUCCAAGAAGAAUUAAGAAAUGAAGAAGCCACAGAAGGUGGUGCAGCCACUCUGCGCUGUGAGCUGACCAAGGCUGCGCCAGUGGAGUGGAAGAAGGGACACAAGGUGCUCAAGCCAAGUGACAAAUACAAAAUGAGGCAGAAGGAUACCACUGCAGAGCUGGAGAUCCACAGUCUAGAUGACAGUGAUGCUGGUGAUUAUACCUGUGUGUGUGGAGAUCAGCAGAGCACAGCUGUCUUAGCAGUACAUGCUCUGCCUGCACUCAUCAAAGAAGAACUGAAGAACGAGGAAGUUAGAGAAGGUGGAACGGCCACUCUGCGCUGUGCACUGACCAAAGCCACUCAAGUAGAGUGGAUGAAAGGGGACAGUUGGCUCAAAGCGAGUGACAAAUACAAAAUGAGACAGGAGGGCGCUGUUGUUAAACUGGUUAUCCAUGAUGUAGAACCGAAGGAUGCUGGAGAUUAUACCUGUGUGUGUGGAGACCAGAAGACAACUGCUGGCUUGAUAGUGCAUGCUCUGCCUGCACUUUUCAAAGAAGAACUGAAGAACUUGGAAGUCACAGAAGGCAAAACCGCCACUCUGCACUGUGAGCUGAACAAGCCUGCUUCAGUGGAGUGGAAGAAAGGGCACAAGAUACUCAAGGCGAGUGAAAAAUACAGCAUGAGACAGGAUAGUGUCACUGCUGAGCUGGAGAUCCAUGAUCUAGGUCUGCAGGAUGCAGGAGAUUACACAUGCAUGUGUGGCGACCAGCAGACCACAGCUACGUUGAUAGUAAAUGCCCUGCCUGUACUUUUCAAGCAAGAACUAAAGAAUGAGGAAGUUACAGAAGGUGGAUCAGUCACUCUGCGCUGUGAACUAAGCAAAGCUGCUCCUGUGGAGUGGAAAAUAGGGCACGUUGUGCUCAAAACAAGUAACAAAUAUAAAAUGAGGCAGCAGGGUACCAUUGCAGAGUUGGUUAUCCAUGAUGUAGAACUGAAGGAUGCUAGAGAUUAUAUCUGUGUGUCUGGGGAUCAGAAGACAACAGCUGCUUUAACAGUACAUGCUCUACCCGCACGUUUCAAAGAAGAAUUGAGGAACAAGGAAGUGACAGAAGGUGAAGCUGCCACUCUGCGCUGUGAGCUGACCAAAACUGCUCAGGUGGAGUGGAAGAAAGGGCACAAGGUGCUCAAAGCAAGUGAGAAAUACAAAAUGAGACUAGAAGGUGCCAUGGCAGAGCUGGUGAUCCACAAUCUAGAGGUGACGGAUACUGACGAUUAUACCUGUGUGUGUGGAGACCAGCAGACCACAGCUACCUUAACAGUAAAUGCUCUGCCUCCAUCUUUCAAAGAAGAAAUGUGCAACGAGGAAGCCACAGAAGGUGGAACAGCCACUCUGCACUGUGAACUGACUAAGGUCGCUGCCCCGGUGGAGUGGAAGAAGGGGCACAAAGUGCUCAAACCGAAUGACAAGUACACAAUGAGACAGGAAGGUUGCAUUGUGGAGCUGGUGGUCCAUGGUUUAGACCUGAAGGAUGCUGGAGAUUACACCUGUGUGUGUGGUGACCAGAAGUCCACAGCUGCCUUAACAGUGCAUGCCCAGCCUCCACUGUUCAAAGAAGAACUGAAGAGCUUGGAAGCUACAGAAAAUGGAGCAGCGACUCUGCACUGUGAGCUGACCAAGGCUGCUCCAGUGGAGUGGAAGAAAGGGCACAAAGUGCUCAAAGCCAGUGAGAAAUACAAAAUGAGACAAGAAGGUGCCAUUGCAGAGCUGGCUAUCUGCAAUCUGGAGGUGAAGGACACUGGAGAUUAUACCUGUGUGUGUGGAGACCAGCAGACCACAGCUACCUUAACAGUAAAUGCCUUGCCAGCACUUUUUAAAGAAGAACUAAAGAAUGAGGAAGCUAAAGAAGGUGGAAACGCCACUCUCCACUGUGAGCUGACCAAGGCUGUUCCAGUGGAGUGGAAGAAAGGGCACAAGGUACUCAAAGCAAGUGAGAAAUACAAAAUGAGACUGGAAGGUGCCAUUGCAGAGCUGGUUGUCCAUGAUCUAGAUGAGAAGGAUACAGGAGAUUAUACUUGUGUGUGUGGAGAACAUCAGACCACGGCUGCUUUAACAGUACAUGCUCUGCCUCCAUCUUUCAAAGAAGAAAUGUGCAGUGAGGAAGCCACAGAAGGUGGAACAGCCACUCUGCACUGUGAGCUGACCAAGGUCGCUGCCCCAGUGGAGUGGAAGAAGGGGCACAAAGUGCUCAAACCGAAUGACAAGUACACAAUGAGACAGGAAGGUUGCAUUAUGGAGCUGGUAGUCCACGGUUUAGACCUGAAGGAUGCUGGAGAUUAUACCUGUGUGUGUGGAGACCAGAAGACCACAGCUGCCUUAACAGUGCAUGCCCUACCAGCACUUUUUAAACAUGAGCUUCGGGAUGAGGAGGCAGAAGAAGGUGGCACAGUCACACUGCGGUGUGAGCUUACCAAACCGAGUGCUCCAGUAGAGUGGAGGAAAGGCACUACAACUCUCUACCCUGGACUGAAAUAUGAGCUGAAGCGACAAGGGCCCAUUGCUGAGCUGAUCAUUCAUGACUUAAAACUGGAAGAUACAGGAAAAUAUACCUGUGACUCUGGGGAUCAACAGACAACAGCUGCAGUGACCAUACAUGCCCUGCCCAUUGUAUUUAAGCAGCCCCUUCAGAAUCAGGAGGCUGAAGAAGGAGGUACAGCCACGUUACAUUGUGAGCUGUCAAAACCAAACGUUCCAGUGGAAUGGAGGAGAGGAGGCCUGGGGCUGCAGCCUAGCAAUAAGUAUGAAAUGAAACAGAGGAAAUGCAUCGUAGAGCUCUUAGUACAUAAUCUCCAAGUAGAAGAUACAGGGGAAUACAGCUGUGAUAUUGGCGAACAGGAAACAAAGGCGUCUUUAUAUGUGAAAGCCCUCCCAGUUCUUUUCAAAAGGGAGCUCAAGGACAAGGAAGUGGAAGAAGGAGCUACAGUAAAACUCCAGUGUGAGCUGACAAAGCCCACGGCUUCUGUGCAAUGGAGGAAAGGCACCAUGGACCUCUUUCCAUGUGCCAAAUACGAAAUGAAAUUAGAGGGUCUCGUAGCUGAACUUGUGAUCCAUAACACAGAACCAGAAGACACAUCUGAUUACACCUGUGAUACUGGCGAUCAACAGAGCACAGCCAACCUCAGAGUGAAUGCUAUUAAACCUCUGUUCAAGCAACAGCUAAAGAAUGAGACAGUAGAAGAGGGAGGAAUGGUCAAGCUACGCUGUGAGGUCACAAUAACUAACGCUAUAGUAGAGUGGAAGAAAGAUGGCAGGUUGCUUCAGUCAAGUUCCAAGUAUGGAAUCAGACAAGAUGAUACCAUUCAUGAGUUAUGUAUUCAACACCUGGAGCCUAAAGACACUGGCGAGUAUUCCUGCAUUGCUGGGGAUGAGACGACCUCUGCAAUGCUGACUGUGAAAGAGCCUGAUGUGACCAUAGUCAGUGGCCUGAAGAACGUGGUGGUGUUUGAAGAGGAAGAUGCUAUGUUUCAGUGCCAGGUUUCUCAUGAUCACGCAAGGGAUGUGGAGUGGAAGCUACAGGACGUCGCUCUGCAGAGCAAUGAAAUGAAUGAGAUCUCUGUUGAAAAAGGCAAGAUUCACACACUUAGACUGAGGAAAGUCACCCAGCAGGAUACUGGCACCAUCACUUUCAGAGUGGGGCCCUAUGUGUCUACAGCAGAGCUCACAGUAAAAGUACCGCUUCCAGUCUUUAAGGAGACUCUAAAGAACACAGAAUUGGAGGAGGAUGCUACAGCUGCCCUGGAGUGCGAGGUCUCUCAGCCCAAUGUAUCAGUGGAGUGGAGGAAGGGCUCCCAGGUGAUUUCUCCAAGCUCCAAAUAUGAAAUCAGGCAAGAGGGGACAAUCCAUACGUUAAAGAUUUAUAAUUUAAAGCCAGAAGAUUCGGGCAAAUACACUUGUGAUAACAAAAAUCAGCAAACUACAGCCACUUUAACUGUCAAAGCCAUUCCAGCACUUUUUGAACAAAAACUCCAGAACCAAGAAGCCGAGGAGGGCUCUACCGUCACCCUACACGCUGAGCUCUCCAAACCCAAUGCCCCAGUGAAAUGGAGAAAGGGUUCAGUCUUGCUCCAAGCUAGUGCCAAGUAUGAGAUGAGACAGAAGGGAUCUACCGUGGAACUCCUAAUUCAUGACUUGCAGCUGAAAGACUUUGGAGACUACACUUGUGAUUCCGGUGAUGAGCAGACUACAGCAUCCUUGUUGGUAAAAGCUUUGCCAGUGCUUUUUAUACAACCACUCCAGAGCCAGCAAGCAGAAGAGGGUGGCACCAUCACCCUGAGUUGUGAGCUCUCUAAACCCAAUGCCCCUGUGCAAUGGAAGAAAGCGGGGAAAGUUCUGCAACCAAGUGACAAGUACAAGAUGAAUCAAGAUGGCCCUACGACUGAGCUGACAAUCCAUAACCUGAAUGAAGCUGAUGCUGGGGAAUACACCUGUGAUACAGGAGACCAAAAAACCACAGCAGCUGUAUAUGUGAAAGAACCAGCAGCAAGCAUAGUGGAGGUGCUAAAGGACGUCACCUUAAAUGAAGGAGAAGAUGCAGUGUUCAAGUGCAAGGUGUCUCGGGAGAAAGCGCGGGACGUGCACUGGUGCCUGGGUGGCGUACCGCUCCAGCCCAAUGAAAUGAACGAGAUCACAGUUCAAGGGAAGCUUCACACUUUGACCCUGAGGCGGGUGACCCUAGAAGACUCUGGGUCUGUCAGUAUCAGAGUGGGGCAACAUACGUCAGAGGCACAGUUAACAGUCCAAGUUGCUCCGGCCAUAUUUGUAAAGUUGCUCGAGAACCAGGAACUGCAAGAGAGUGACACUGCAAAACUACAGUGUGAGCUAUCCAAGCCUAACAUCCCAGUGGAAUGGAAGAAAGCUUCGUCUGUGAUCAAGUCCAGUACGAAGUUUGAAAUCAAGAAGGAAGGGAAUGUACAUACUCUGAUCAUCCAUGAUUUAAAACCUGAGGACUCAGGGGAGUAUAGCUGUAAUACAGUCGACAGGAAGACCACUGCCAGACUAGAUGUUAAAGCCCUACCUGUGCUUUUCAAACGUUGGCUCCAAAAUGAGGAAGUUGAGGAAGGGUGUACGGCUGCACUGCGCUGUGAGCUGACAAAACCGAGUGUUCCAGUUGAAUGGAGGAAAGGAGAUGUGGUGUUGCAGUCAAGUGACAAGUAUGAGCUCAGGCAAGAGGAGACUUUUGUUGAGCUGUUUAUUUAUGACGUGGAACUUCAGGAUGCUGGGGAGUACACAUGUGAUUCAGGAGAUCAACAAACCACUGCGGCACUGCUAGUAAAAGUACUACCCGUGCUUUUUAAAGAAGAACUGCAUAACGUAGAGGCAGAAGAACGAGGAACAGCUGUCCUGCAGUGUGAGAUCUCCAAACCUGAUGCCCUGGUGGAGUGGAGGAAAGGAGCGCUUGUACUUCAGCCCAGUGACAAGUAUGAGAUGCGUCAGAAUGGCACCAAUGUGGAGUUAAUUAUUCAUGACUUGGAGGUUGAGGACUGUGGACCCUACACCUGUAGCACUGGGUAUGAGAUGACCACAGGCUCUGUGUACGUGCAAGCCAAGAACAGUAUUGUCAAGGGUUUGGAGAAUGUGGAAGCCAUGGAAGGUGGUGAAGCCCUGUUUGAGUGCUACCUUUCCAAACCAGAGUGCUACAAUUACAACUGGCUGAUUGAUGAUGAGCCUGCCAAAACCACAGAAAACAUUGAGAUGGUUUACUUUGAAAAUGGACGCAGGCAUAUUCUCCUCUUGAAGAACCUCACUGCCCAGGACAACUGCAGGGUGACUUUCCUAUGUAGUGACGCAGUGACAUCUGCGUUCCUGACUGUGAAAGGAUGGCGCCUGGAAAUUUUGCAGCCUUUGGUUGACACUGAAGUCACUGCUGGGGCCCAAGCCACCCUCAGCUGUGUUUUAAGUGAAGCAGUGCCAGUCAGCGAAGUCGCCUGGUAUAUUAAUGACAUCGAUAUCCAACCAGACGAGAACUGGGAAAUGCAGGCAGAUGGAGACAGCUACAAACUGAUCCUGAAGAAAGCCCAACCACAUCAUGCUGGAGAGGUGACUUUUGCUGCAAGGGAUGCAAUUGCAUCAGCCACGUUAUCUGUAAUAGAGCCUCCAUUUACAGUCACUCAUCCCUUAGUAGGCAAGUCGGUCUUGGAAGGGGAGGUGGCUGUCCUGGAGUGUGAAUUUUCAAGAGAGACCCAAGAGGCAAUCUGGGUCAAAGGAAAAGAACAACUACAGCCUGGAGGAAGAUAUGAAAUAAAGUCUGAUGGCAAAAAGCAGAUGCUCAUUAUUCAUGCAUUUAAACCUGAAGAUCAAGGAUUGUACACCUGCAUGAUCUCUCCUGAUACCAGAUCCUCUGCUCUUCUGUCUCUUGAAGUUCCCACAGUGGCACUGCCAAAAGAGGUAGCCCAGGAAGCACGGGACGUGAUUCAACUUGAAGAGAUGGUGGAUGGACAGCUCCAGCCCAGCUUGCCGCCCGAAGCUGCUCAGGAGGGGGACCUUCACCUGCUCUGGGAGGCUAUUGCCAAGAAGCGAAGAAUGAGCAGGGAGCCAACCCUGGAUUCCAUCAGUGAAGUGCCAGAAGAGGAUGAUAAACUUCAUAAGCUGAAGAAGGAAGAAGCGGAGUCUCAUUAUUACUCAGAAGAAUACUCCACCUGUGAUGAGCUGACUAAAACUGGAGAAGCAGACUUCUCUUUCACGAGCUCAGAUGAUGAGUCUAGGGCUGGGACGCCUUCACUAGUUAACUACCUUAAAAAGGCCGGAAAAUCUACUGUUAGCAUUGGUAGCAAGGUUCAGACGGUCUCCACCAGUAAAUUCUGGAAACACUGGGAGCAAUCGGGCGUCGAGACUACUGAGUCUUCUCUUCCUGCCAAGCCUGCUGAACCAGAAAUCAUGGAAGAUUUAGAUGAUCCUUCCAUGACCAAAGCAGCUGUGAAAAUUCAGGCUGCUUUCAAAGGGUAUAAAGUGAGGAAGGAGAUCAAACAGCAGGAAUGUCCCGUGUUUGGCGAUACCUUCAAAGAUUUUUGUGGUGAGCCAGGAGGCACUCUCCACCUUGAGUGUGUGGCUCUCAGCAAAACCGAUAUGAAGGUCCGUUGGCUGAAAGACAAUGAGGAACUUUCAGAUGGGCGCCACUAUCACAUAGACAAUUACAGUGAUGGAACUUGCUCCUUGAUUAUCACUGGCCUGGACAUGAAAGACACAGGAAAAUAUACCUGUGAGGCAUCUAAUAAGUUUGGCAAGGUUUCCCAGAGUGCUAAGGUGGUGGUUGGUACCCAGGCGCCGGAUGCUCUUCGUAAGCACAAGCAAGUGAAACACCUCGCUGACAGCGAAACAGAGAGCUCUUCUGGCAGCGAACUGGACGAUGCGUUCCGUAAAGCAGGAAGGAGACUUCACAAGCUCUUCAAGUCCAAGAUCUCAACGGAAAUGUCUGAUGUGGAGGAGGAGCUCUUUGUCAGCGCGGAUGAAGGGGAUGUGGAGGUGGUGGAUCACCAGACGUAUCGCGAGGAUGAUCACUACAUCUACAUCAAGUUUGAAAUCUUGGCGGAAGCAAAAACAGCAGCCGGCCGGUUCAGAGAGAUGUUUGCUGCGCUGGGUAUCCCAGUCGAGAUUGACAUCCUGGACCAAGGCCUUAAAAAAAUAGAGCUUCGCAUAGGGAAAGCAGCACCACCUGCUCCAGGGCAGAUUCAGCCCUUGGUGAAAAGAACUCCCCCACCUUUACUGACUUCUGAUACAGCUCCCAUGUUCAUAACCGAGCUUCAAAACCAAGAGGUGCAGGACGGCUACCCAGUCAGCUUUGACUGUGUUGUUGUUGGCAAACCCUUACCCACGGUGCGCUGGUUCAAGGAUGGGAAAGUUAUUGAAGAAGAUGACCAUUAUAUGAUCAACGAGGACCAGGAAGGGUGCCACCAACUGAUCAUCACCGCCGUGGUCCCUACUGACAUGGGUGUCUACCGCUGCCUUGCUGAAAACAACAUGGGAGUUUCUUCAAGCAAGGCGGAGUUGCGGGUGGACUUGACCAGUACUGAUUACGAUACAGCAGCAGAUGCAACAGAGACAUCUUCGUAUUACAGUGCCAAAGGAUAUCUCUCAAGCCGAGAACAAGAGGGAGUAGAAUCCACCACAGAAGAGGAGCAGCUGCCUCAGAUCCUAGAUGAGCUUCAUGAUAUUCACGUGGCCCCUGGAGCACCUUUGGCUAAAUUUCACCUGAAGGUCAAAGGGUACCCAGAACCUCGUCUUUACUGGUUCAAAGAUGGGCAACCAUUACAGGCCUCAGACCGAAUCCUGAAGAUUGAGAAGAAGCAAUUUCAUGCACUCGAAAUCCUCAAUGUCGCUAAGGAGGAUGCUGGUCAAUACUCAGUAUUUAUUAGCAACUCUGCAGGUUCUGCAUAUUCAUCGGCCAGUUUGGUUGUCAAAGGUCCUGGUGAGAAGGAAGAACUGCCAGAAACAGAUGCUCAAGAACAGCUGGUGCCACCCAGGUUCCUGGAGAGAUUUACCAGUAAAAGAGUGAGGAAAGGUGCAAGUAUCACCUUCUCUGUGAAGGUUGAAGGACAUCCAGCACCCACAAUUACCUGGUUGAAAGAAGAAUCUCAUGAAGAUGUUCUGUGGAUCAAACCAGAGACUCCUGGCUACAAACUCGCCAGUUCCAACAUGCAUCACAGUCUAAUCCUGCUGGAUGUUGGAAAGGAAUAUAGUGGAACCUACACUUGCAUUGCUACUAACAAGGCUGGACAAUCCAUCUGCACCGCCUCCCUAGAAGUUCUGGAUGUGAAAGAGGCGGAAGUUCUGACCCGUGAGCGCAUGAUGGUGACAGAUGUUAUAAUGACCACGCUGGGGUAUGAAGACAAGGACAGAAAAGGACAUGGAGUUGGUAUCUCUAUCCACCCUCCUGAACCAAGGAAAGGAGAGCUUGUAGAAGGUGAGGCUGAUAAAGAAGGUGUGUCCAGAAGUCACAUUUCAUUAGCUGAUGUUGGAACAGAAGAAUUCCUCCAGAAACUCACCUCCCAUAUCACAGAAAUGGUGUCUGCAAAAAUAAGUCAGGCCACGCUUCGAGUGCCUGGAGCAGACAGUGAUGACGAAUCGAAGACGCCAUCCCCAUCUCCGCGCCAUGGCAGAUCUCGACCUUCAUCAAUAGUUCAGGAGUCUUCCUCUGAAUCUGAGGAUGGGGAUUCUAGAGGGGAGAUUUUUGACAUCUACAUGGUCACGGCUGACUAUGUGCCCGUUGGCGCUGACAGGGAAGUCAUCACUCUGAAAGAAGGGCAGUAUGUGGAAGUCCUUGACUCUGCUCAUCCUCUAAAGUGGCUAGUCAGGACCAAACCCACUAAAUCCAGCCCCUCUCGGCAGGGAUGGGUGUCUCCGGCUUAUCUGGACAAGAAAUUAAAGUUGUCACCGGAGUGGGGUGCAUCGGAAGCUCCCGAGUUCCCUGGAGACUCUGUUUCAGAAGACGAAUAUAAAAAGAAGCUGAGCCUCAUCAUUCAGGAACUGCUGAACUCUGAGGAGGAGUUUGUCAAAGAUCUGCAGUUCCUCCAGACCCAUCACCUCCAGUACAUAGAGAGCUGUCCGGAUGUUCCAGAAACUGUUGCCAGUCAGAAAUCUACUAUCUUCAGAAAUGUCAGUGCUAUUGCGAGCUUCCAUUCCAAUUCCUUCUUCCCAGAGCUGCAGAAAUGUGACACUGAUGACGACGUGGCUAUGUGCUUCAUUAAGAACGAGGAGGACUUUGAUAAGUACAUCCAGUACCUGGUGGGGCGGAUACAGGCUGAGUCUGUCAUUCUCAGCAAAGCCAUUCAGGAGUUCUACAAGAGAUAUACAGAGGAGACGUUAGCCAGUGAGGAUCCUUCUCAGCCACCUAUACCUCCACUGCAGCAUUAUUUAGAGAGACCCAUAAACAGGAUCCAGCAGUAUCAAAUUAUAAUCAAGGAAUUAAUCCGAAAUAAAGCAAGAAAUAGCCAAAACUGUGCGUUGCUGGAGCAGGCUUAUGCCAUUGUGUCUGCGCUCACCCAGCGUGCAGAAAACAACCUCCAUAUCUCGCUCAUUGAGAACUAUCCAGGGACUCUGGAAAUUCUAGGAGAACCCAUUCGACAGGGUCAUUUCAUAGUGUGGGAAGGAGCUCCGGGAGCCAGAAUUGCAUGGAAAGGUCACAACCGACAUGUCUUCCUCUUCAAGAAUUAUAUCCUGAUCUGCAAACCCAAGCGAGACACCAAGACAGACACCUACAGCUACAUCUUCAAGAACAUGAUGAAGCUAUCCCACAUAGAUGUGAACGACCUGGUGGAAGGAGAUGACCGGGCAUUUGAGAUCUGGCAUGAGCGAGAAGACUCUGUCCGCAAGUACCUACUUCAAGCUCGUACGGUCAUCAUCAAGAACUCCUGGGUGAAGGAAAUCUGUGGUAUACAGCAACGUAUCAGCCUGCCUGUGUGGAUUCCUCCGAAUUUUGAGGAAGAACUGGCUGACUGUACAGCGGAGCUGGGCGAAACUGUCAAAUUGGCUUGCAAAGUAACAGGAGCUCCUAAGCCAGCAGUUGCUUGGUAUAAAGAUGGCAAACCAGUGGAGAUGGAUCCCCAUCACAUUAUCAUAGAAGAUCCUGAUGGUUCUUGCACAUUGAUCCUGGACACUCUGAUGGGUAUUGACUCAGGACAGUACAUGUGCUUUGCCACCAGUCCGGCUGGGAACGCCAGUACACUAGGAAAGAUCCUUGUUCAAGUGCCGCCGAGGUUUGUGAACAAGGUUAGAAAUGCUUAUUAUGUUGAAGACGAAGAUGCUCAGUUUACCUGCACCAUUGAAGGAGCACCUUAUCCUCAGAUCAGGUGGUAUAAAGAUGGUGCCCCGCUGACAGACAUCAAUAAAUACCAGACUUUCAGUGAGCCACGGAGUGGAGUGUUAGUCUUGGUGAUCAAAAAUGCUUCUAAGGAGGACAUGGGACACUAUGAAUGUGAACUGAUGAACAGAUUAGGCACAGCAAGGAGUGGAGCGGAUCUUUGCCAGCAGAGUGCAGCAUUACUGGCCCAGGAGAAGAGGGGAGACCAAGCCAUUACUAUAGAAGUCACUGAACAAGAGACUAAAGUGCCCAAGAAAACCAUCAUCAUAGAGGAAACGAUAACAACUGUGGUGAAGACCCCAAGGCAAAAGCGAAAGAUGUCUCCCGCCCGUCCUCCUUCAGGUUACUCUCUCUCCCGCUCUCCAAGAUCAGAGCUGCUGACCCCAGAGCCAGUUUAUGUGACAAAGGUCAGGCAACCUAUACAUAGGCAUGAGCCGGAAGCCACGCGGAAGACUGUCAUCCCUACGCUCUUUGUGACAGAGCCAGAGGACAGACAAGGAGCGGCAGCUAGAGCUUUUGUCGUAGAAACCAAGGUGGAAGAACAAAAACCCAAAUGGGUCGAAGUGGAGGAAAUAAUUGAAUUCAAGGUGAAAAAAUCACCCAAACCUACGAAGAAAAGAGGAGCUUCCCCAGCAAAGCCAGAAAAAGAUGACUCAGGAGUAUUGACAUUCACUAUGCCUGGCCCAAGACCUAGGCGUUCCUCUGAAGAUGACCCAAACACAAACAAUUCCAACAAUAAAUUAGUGGAGCAGGACAAGUCUUCCCUGCCUAGAGACAGUCUUUCAGAUGUCGACAUCCCGACCCUUGCAUAUGGAGCAGACCAGGAAGGAGCUCCAGUCAACAGUGAAGAAGACAUAAGUUCUCAGUGUGGGUCUGAACAGUUAGGAAGUAGUUCAUUCAUUGACUAUGGGACUGACGGAAAGAGCUGCAUGCAGGAAGCAAGCAAUGAUGAUGUUUCAGAAGCUACUUCCCCACUGCUUGCCUGUGUGGGUGAACCCUUUGUCUUUAGCUUGGAGACAGCUGAUGCAGGCGAGCCUGACCUUCCACCUUCACCGAUGAGCCGAGGGGUUAAGGAAGAAGCUGAUGAGUUAGAUAAGUCUUGGACUGCUGAAGGGGGCGUACCUGAUACAGUACAAGAUGAGGAUCUUCCAGAGGAAGAUAAUGUUAUAAUUGAUGAGCCAGAGGACCUAGAGACGGAUGACAUUGGCAACCGAGACCCCAAAAUCCUGACCCACAAUGGAAAAGUGCUAACUCUGGAAGACCUUGAAGAUUACUUUCCUGAGGAAGGUGAGACCUAUGGAUGUGAUGAUCAGAACUACACAGAAGACAAACCCUGUGAGAUCUCUGUGCUCCAGACAGAAAUUAAUGAACCGACGGUGGGGAAGCCGGUGUUGCUAAAUCUCGGGAAACCUGUUGUUCCUAAACCAAGGCAAAGCUUUUUCAGCAAGUUCAAGGAGCACCGUCCUGAAGGAAUGUUCAUGUCCGCAUCCAGAGUAACAGGAGUGCAGUCCGUGGGUCCGUCUAACAUUUCUUUCCAUGUGAGUGAGACGUGCACUGCAGCCGCCGCACCCGGUGUGCAGGCAGCAGCGGCAGCAGCCUCACCUGGACCUUCCUUCCAACUGAAACCGUCUUUCUGUACCGGAGUCCAGCUCUCAGCGGACAACGGACAGUCCAGCUUUAAAACUGAAGUUUCCACAAGAACCCUCAGCUAUGGAACUAUCGGCGAGCCUGUUAUGUUGCACAUCAGCACAGAAGACCCCUCCCAGAGAGAGGUCUCACCACAGUCAGAGCUGGAGACUUCUGUCCGUGCCUCACUUGAACGUGCAGAUAAGGAAAUAAGGAUGGCCCUGAAGAAACUCGUGGAUUCCACAUCACUGCAUGUGACUCUUCCUCCAAGCAUGAGAGGAAAGGCUGGUGGCUUUGGCGUUCUUGAGUCCACAGCUUCAGAUACAGAAAAUAGGCAUCCUGUGAUAGUUCAUGAAGUCAGCACGCAAACCCAAAGUGCUGGAGGUCAUGGCAAAGAGCAAGACAGCACUGGGAAAAUUCCGGAUGAGAAACUGAGUGAAACAAAGUCAAGCCCAACCACUUCGCAAAAAGAGACGACUGCUGGAGCUGCAGGAGGUCAGGAACGCACUAUUCCCAUUACCAGAACAUCAGCAGUCACGGAGGGAGCAGACUGGUGUAGAAGAGAAGGGACAGAUGUGGUCUGGGAUGUCCAGAGUCAAAUUUAUAUUGAGACCACAGAAAGAACCUGCGUUUAUCAAACAGAGGAGAAGAGCCCAGCAGGCCCUCCAUAUAUGCAAGUCACCAUUGAGGAUGUGCAGGUUCAGUCUGGGGAGCUUGCCAAAUUUCAUGCGGUUAUUGAAGGAAAUCCCCAGCCUACUAUUGCAUGGUAUAAGGAUAAUUCCUUGUUGACCGACAGCAACAAGAUCCAUCAAGUGAAAGAAGGCACAACAUACUCUUUGAUCCUGGACAAAGCUGCCCCAGAAGAUGGUGGCGUCUACACCUGCAUUGCCAAAAAUGCAGGAGGGGAGGUCUUGUGCAAAGCAGAGCUUGUUGUACAUGAGGGUAACUUCAUUUCUUAGAAAGACCAAGUGACAAAGAAACAGAGCACCCGAAGAAAACUCCAUUCCUUCUAUGAGGUGAAGCAGGAGAUAGGAAGGGGCUCUUUCAGCUUUGUGAAACGGGUUGUGCACAAAGGGAACAGAGUAUCCUGUGCUGCCAAGUUCAUACCUCUGCGAAGCAAAACGAGAACCCAGUCCUAUCAAGAGAGGGACAUCCUAGCCACGCUCUCCCAUGAUAAAAUCGCCCAGCUGCUGGAUGAAUUUGAAACAAGGAAAACCUUGGUUCUGAUUUUGGAGUUGUGCUCCAGUGAGGAGCUCUUGGACCGUUUAUUCAGGAAGAGUGUUGUUACUGAAGCAGAGGUCAAAUUAUACAUCAAGCAACUUUUGGAAGGACUCAGCUAUCUCCAUAACAAUAACGUACUUCACUUGGAUAUUAAGCCUCCAAAUAUCCUGAUGGUUUAUCCUGAAAGAGAAGACAUUAAGAUCUGUGACUUUGGGUUCGCUCAAAAGAUAAAUCCAUCUGUGCCUCAGUACAGCAAAUACGGGUCUCCAGAGUUUGUCUCCCCAGAAAUUAUCUCUCAGUCACCAGUGUCAAAAGCAUCUGAUAUUUGGGCUGCUGGAGUCAUCAGCUAUUUAAGCUUAACCUGCAAGUCUCCAUUUGCUGGGGAAAAUGACAGAGCAACCCUUUUAAAUAUCCAGAAUGGGACAGUUUCAUGGACUAUCCCUGACUUUGUUCACCUAAGUGAAGAAGCGAAGGAUUUUAUCAGACAGAUAUUACAGCUCUCUCCUGAAGCCAGGCCUAGUGCUUUGCAAUGUCUCUCACACGACUGGUUCUUGCGUAAUCUCCCGCUAGAAGAAGCUCAUUUUAUUAAUACAAAACAACUGAAGUUCACUGUGGCUCGAAGCAAGUGGCAGCGUUCCCUCAUGUGCUAUAAAUCUAUACUGGUAAUGAGAUCCAUUCCAGAAAUCCUACAGAGAACUCACAAAAACACAUCGCUAGGCAUCUCCCGACACCUGGUUGAAGAAAGUAGUUCUUCCACUACUACUGGCUCCUCUUCAGACAAUGAGAAUGCAUCCUUCCCCAGGAGAAGGCACUUUGGCUCUACACCAGAACUGCACUUGUCUGUGUUUGAUGCACCGAGUUAUCAAGAACCUCUAAGUUAUGCGGCAGAAGAGAAACAUUCCAAGGUCUUGGUGCCUCCAGUAAAACCCAUGAGACGGAAAUAUGCUUUAGUGAAAAGUGAGCUGGAUGAUAAGCCACCUACAGAAAGCAAAGUACUAGUGGCAGGUGCCUUUGCUCAGAAACCAGAAGCGGUCAGCUCAGAACUCAAAGAUGAAAGAGCAGAUCAGUCCCAAGAGGGUGAUGCAGAGCAGCCUUCAUUGGCGAAGGCAGCCACCUUAGAUACAUCGGACUUGGCACCGCCAAAAGAAAAAACAGGCACGUUAUUACCUGACAAAGAAAGACUUGUAAAGGCUGGAGAUGCAAUGGAGAAACCACCUUUGUGUGUCCCCAGACAGAGUGUCAUUAAAAGCACAUUCUACAGCCAAGCGUCUGAGGCUCCUACACGUCUCCCUGUCUCACCGGGCAGAGACUACAGAAGGCACCUUGACAGAACAAGAAGGGCCUUCAGGAAAUCAGGGUAUUUAAAGGUACCCUUGAGUGGUCUGCGGGAACCCCUUCUAGAACACUUUGAAUUGAGAGAAGAGGAGGAGGAGGAAGAAGAAGAAGAAGGAAUGUCUGGUGAUGAAGAAUAUGGAAAAAGCAAAGAAGGUGUGACAGGCCCUCUGACCAAAUCAGCUUCCUUUGAUACUGCUAGGAAACCAUCACGUCACACCUUCCAGGUGUCCAGCAGAAGCCGUUCACUGGAUGAUUACAGACUAAGAGCCAUAAGUUUAGCCAAGGAGCAAGACAUUCUGGAAGAAGACUGUGAUCUAACUUCACAGGGGAGUUAUCCAGGACUAGCUAGCCAGCAUGGCAUAUCUACUGACUCUGGCAAGGUUUGGCCUGAGGAGCAUUCGAUGGAGGAGGACUCAAGGAAAGCUAGGAAGGAUUGUUCAGAAGAACAGCCAGUCCCUUCUGCACAGUGUGGUGACGAAGGAUGCCCGGGUCUAGCUGCUCAACCACAGAAGGUCCCAGUAUCAGCCCACCAGGGUGAAAGUGAGGGGCAUUUACAUCAAAAGACAAAACUUUCCAUUGACAUUGAUGUGGAGCCGUCUGCUCUGGAAGGUGAAAGCCUGAUUCUAACUGCUCAGCAACCGGACACAGCCCCAGUGUCAGCUCACACGGGUGAAAGUGAGGAGCAUUUAAAGCUGACGCCGAAGCCUAGUGGUGCAGAGUUUUCACUUCUGCAGGGUGAAAGCUCUGUUUGGAUUGCUCCCGAAUCAGAGAGAGUCCCAAUAUCAGCCCAGGAGAGUGAAAGAAGAGAACAUGCACAUCAGCACCCAAAGCCUUCUGUUCACAGUGCUACAGAGUCUGCUGAUCUACAGGGUGAAAGCCCAAUUAUCCUAGAGACUGCCCAAAUUCCAGCUUGUAAGGGUGAAAGCCCAAAUAUUUUAACAGCUCCACAACCAGAAACUGCUCCACUUUCAGUCUGCCAGGGUGAAACCCAGGGAUGCUUACAUCAGAAGCCUUCUGAUUACUUGGGCACAGCCUCCACUGUUCUGGAGGGCAAACAUCCAAUGAUUCUACCACCACCACCAGAAAGUGCCCCAGUUUCAGACUGUGACCGUGACAGGCAGGAACAUUCCUGUCAGGCGCCUUCUGUUUACUUUAAGGUGCAGUCUGCUGUUCUCCAGGGUGAAAGCCUAUUUAUUCUCACAAUUCCACAACGAGAAACUGCCCCGCUUCCCGUCUAUGAGAGUGACCGCCAGGAACGGUCACCUCAGGAGCCUUCAGUUUGCAGCGAGGUGAAAUCUGCGGACUCAGAGAGUGAAAGCCUAGGUAUUCUAGAGACUUCCCCUGUUUCACUUGGCGAGGGUGAAAGCCAGAAACCUUCACAUCAGAAGCCUUCUGUUUACAGCAAGGCAGAGUGCGCUGUCCUGGAGGACUUGGUUGAAGCGAUGGUUUGUCUGUCUGAAGAUAUGAAUGUUUUGGCAAAGUCCGUUUCUACUCAAGAGGGAUGUGAAAAGCACAUCUCCCCUCCAAAGGAGAUGUUCUACCAAGGUCCAGCUGGCCACGCAGCCGCCGGACGUCCCGCUCAUUUUGUGCCACGGGGUAAAAGAGAAGAGGGCAUUUACCGGGCUGAUCUUGCAGAAUCAGCUGCACCAAUUCCUGCAGCGGAAGAUAAGUUGAGUAUGCCAGCCCUGUUGAGUGUAGUCACUGAGGACGAAAAGAUGGCUUCUCAUGAAUGUGAACAUCUAGGGGAUUUAGCAAUCAAAAGCACUAGUUCCAGCAAAGCAAGCGUAUCCCCGUGUGAUAAUUCAGGUUCUGGAAAAAGAUCUAGUCCUAGCUCUGAUAGCAAGGAACCUGACAAACACUCUGAAGUUUCCUUAGUGAAGAUUAAAGACCUCUCAGAAGAGAUGCCGAGCAUUGGCAGUGGGACUUCAAAAUUUGAUAUAUCUGAGGUAGAGCCUGCGUAUUUGAACCUAUCAGAUCUCUACGACAUUGUAUAUUUUCCAUUUGAAUUUAUGAACGUCAAGAAGCCCUCACCCAAACCAAGCGGUAAAAGAUUUAUGCCCUUCGGUGAAAAGGUAAAAUUACCUCUUGCAACUAAAGAACAUUUGCCUCAGUAUAAAAGACUGUGCAUUAGAGAGGACAUUAAGUCCCCUUCAGAUAACUCACAAGAUGCCACAACAGGGGAAACCAGGGAAAACCUAUUGGACAUUUCCGAAGAUGUAGGGCAACCCCUUCGAAGGCUGGCGAAAGGUUCCGAGCCACCAAUGGGGAAAGGAGCUGAGGGCCAUGUGACAACUGAAUCCCAGCCAAUGUAUGGCUUCCAAAAGGACUCAGGUGGUAAGCAGAGAAGCUCCACACACAGCAAAUCAGGACUCUUUAAACCCUAUGGCAGAUCGCACUCAACGGAGCAGUCAGUAGAGCAGACUCUGAAGAAGAAAGUAAAAGCUUCUGUUGCCCAUAUUUCAAGAAUCCUAAAAGGAAAGCCAGCCCCUGAACCGGAGCAAAGGGAAGCACCUUCUUUUGUAGAAGAGCUCACGGAUCAGGAUGUUGCCCUGGGGCAGUCUGUGACUCUGUCCUGCCAAACGUCUGCCCAUUUCCCUCUGCACGUUGACUGGUUCAGAGAUGGGGUGCCCCUUCGCAGCAGCAGUAGGAUACUGAUCUCAGCCACACUCAAAAACUUUCAGCUUUUAACCAUAUUGGUGGUUACGGCUGAGGAUUUUGGUAUUUACACAUGUGCGGCCAGCAACUCCCUGGAUACAGCAUCCACUUCUUGUGUAAUAAGGAAAGCAGAAGUUCUUGCUAGCCCCCCAGCCCCUGAUAUUGUGGAGGUGUACGAGGAUGGAGUGCAAGUGGUCUGGAAACCUGUGGAAUCUAACACCGUGGUUACGUAUACUGUACAGUGCAAGAGCGAAGACGGUGAAUGGAAGACCCUUGUUACUGACUUGGCUGAUUGCUGCUACUAUGCCAGUAAUCUCUCCAGGGACUUGGUUUACUCCUUCCGGACGGCCUGCAUCAGUAAAGCAGGAAUGGGACCUUACAGCAGCCCGUCUGCCAAAGUAAAGAUUGGUGAAAAAGUCCAAACAGCGUUUCAAUCUGCAAAGCAGACGUUCCCAGCUGCUACAGAGGGUGAGCGUGAAGUAAUGGCACCAGCAGAGCCUUUUCCAACCCAGCAAACCUACGCCUUCCAAACAGAGAUCAAAAGGGGGCGUUUCAGCAUCGUCAGACAGUGCAGGGAAAAAUUAAGCGGAAAUGCGCAGGCUGCCAAAAUUAUCCCCUACCGGCAAGAAGACAAGCAGGCUGUGCUCCAGGAAUAUCAAGUCCUAAGGAAGCUUCAUCACACACAUAUCGUUCAGCUGCAAGGAGCCUACGUGAGCCCCCAGCACCUAGUGCUGAUCCUGGAAUUGUGCGUGGGGCCAGAGCUACUCCAUUGUUUGGCUGAAAGGACAUCCUACUCAGAGGUGGAGGUCAGAGACUACCUAUGGCAGAUCCUCAGUGCAGUUGAGUUCCUCCACGCACACCACAUCCUGCACUUGGAUCUGAGGUCUGAAAACAUGAUCAUUACUGAACCCAACCUGCUUAAACUCCUGGACUUUGGCAACGCGCAGUUCUACUCGCCAGACAGAGUCAUUACCAUGGACAGGUGCAUUGACUACGUAGAAACCAUGGCUCCAGAACUGCUGUCAGAGCAAGGAGCCCUCCCGCAGACUGACAUCUGGGCUGUCGGCAUCACCGCUUUCAUCAUGCUGAGUGCCGACUACCCCCUCAGUUCUGAGGUGGCCUGUGACUUUCCGAGAAUCGCCAAAAAAGGGAAGGUGAAACUUACCAGAUGCUACGCGGGUCUGUCUGGGGGGGCCGUGACAUUUCUUCAAAGCACGCUGUGCGCAAAUCCCUGGGGGAGGCCGUCGGGAUCGGAAUGCCUUCAGUUUCCAUGGCUCCAGGAGACGGGUUUGGAUGACAGACAGCAAGCGGUGGUCACUUUCUCCACCGCCAAGCUGAGGCGUUUCCUAGCAGAACGGGAGAAGAAAAGGAGCCUGCUUUGUUCAAAGUAUGGGCUGAUGAUUGCACAGUGAAACGGAUGGGAACACAGUGAAGAAUAGAUUCCCCCAUCCCACCCCGCUUGCCCCGACAAAUGUGUGCACUGGGGGUUUGGUACCUAAGUGUCAUUUCUGGUUACAGACCUGCUGCAGUAAACCAGUGACCCUGAUGCCUUAGAGAGAGAUUUGGAUGAGCAGGUCCCAUUAGACAUGAGUGAAUGGGAACUGGAUCUCUGGGUGGCUUUGAAAAUCCUUCCCUUAGUGUUCCAAGACUGCUCAUAAUACCGCUCAGUGACCUCCCCACAAGCUCCAGCAACAGCACAGAGAUACCAGACCCCCCAGCCACUUCAUGAGUCUUUCAGACGUUACUCCCUGCAAUAACAGCAGCCUCCACUUCUGAUCCCCGGUGCUCACGUGAUAGCCAGGUCUUCUAGCCGGUCUCUCAAAACCAUACGGAGCCAGUAAAAGAUUUCCCUUGGAAUAUAGCACUGAGCUGGGGCUGGGGUAGAGGAGGCUGUUGAAUGAUAGUGCCCCAGGAUGGAAUCAGAGUAUAUACAUCUUUGCUGUUUAAAAAAAAAUCCAUUGUGUGGCUAUCAGAUGAAAUGUAGUGUGUGUGUGUGUCUUCUAGGCAGAGUUGUAGGUAACUGGAGCUAUAAAUAACAUUUGUUCAAUAGGGCACCUGAUGUGUCUGUCACACAGUAGCCGGGGCUAGAAUUGACAGACACAAUCAGCAUGCACCAGUGACUGGACCCAGUGUGUAACGUACCUUGGCCAUGUUCACCUAUGGCUACCACAGUCAUCCGUGGGGACUGAACCCAAGACAAAACGCAGGCCUCUGCCACUCUCACUGAAAGAGAAAUCUUUCCUCUGGAAGUAGCAGGCUGCUAAGCCAGUCACUAGAGGGAGGCACAAUCACACUCAGUACAGGAGCGUUACGUGCACCAUCUGCACAUUACUACAGACGGGACUGUAACUGGGACUCUCAUGGUGCAUAGACAGUAACUGUCCCAGGUAAGCCUCCCUCUCACCAGGCCAGAAGGAGCCAUGCUACGUUUGUGUCCAAUGGAAGUCAGUCUUGCAUGUAUCUUGAACGACAGGAGAUACAAGAAAAGCCAUUUGUGGCCAUCUUCCUGCUCAUGCAAGAGAAAAGGCACUGAUAGAGUCUUGCUUUUUCAGUGGAAGACCAAAUUAGCGCUUUGUAUGCUACUCCUAUGAAUGGCUCAGAUCAUGCCAUCUCAGACACAAGCCAAUUUUUUCUGCUAUGUGCUAAUAGUGUGGCAGAAUGUAUAGCAUGUAUCAUGGAGGGGUCUACGCAUGCCCCUGUGCAUUGUGAUAUAUGCAGCAUUGACUAAAAUCCUCAAAGGAUUGAUACUCACUGUGGUUAUAACCACAGUGAAUAUGAGCUAUGGGACAUGUAUUUAAAGUCUCCAGUCUUUAUGAUCAGAGGGCAAAUAUAUCAGACACCGAGUAGCUUAAAGCAACCCUAACUUGCUUUAUCUGAAUCUGCGGUCUUAAAAAUGCAAAACACGCUGUUAGGAAUUCUAUGCUGAUUUUGCAGUACGCGGCCUUGAUAUAUUGAUAUGGGCUUCCGUAGGGUAGGUGGCCCCUGCAGGGAGAGACUUGGCACAGUUAGGAUUUUAGAGCGAGGCAUUCUCUCACAGGAAGGACUCAAAUGAGCACGCUCCAAAAGAAAACUUUUGUCCACACCUAGGAGAGAGCGUUCUGAGCUGCAAAGGGCCAUACUUUGGGCCUUGAGCGAGUGGUUCAUUGCAAUGAACUCGCUACUCUGCCUGGCUUGCUGUCGAAAGUGACCAGUGCAUGCUACCUUUGUUGGUUGCACUGUUCUGUGUCUGUGGGUACAGAGGAAACGCCCACUCAUUGGGUGACUUUCGUAGGAACAGCUCUGCCGCUGGGCAGACACCAGUUCCACAGAUGCUCGGGGGAGAUGUAAUAAACCCAGGAAUCUGCAGUGAUGAAGUUAGGGUAAUUUUUCCUUAAUGCCUACCAUAGUCUUUUUAAUCAGCCACACACAACACACGCCUUUUCACUGAAGCAAUCAAAGUAGCACAAUGUUUUCCAUUAUGAUUCUUCUACACAGCAAAGAUCACUUAUGCUAGACAGUUUGUUAGCAGUGCUUGCCUGCUGCUGGCUAUUCCAGGUAUGUCCGGGUGUCAUGCACCUGCCAUGCCGCUGAAUGUACCAGACACAUCCAGGCAGAAUGUGCCUGUUAUGCUGCUGAGAAUUCUGGGAAUAUCUAGGUGGAGCACAGCUGUUGAAUGUGCUUGGUAUAUCUAGGUAGAACAUACCUGCUGAGCUGCUGAAUGUGCCAGGUGUAGCUAGGUAGAACACACCUGCUCUGCUGCUGAAUGUAUCAGAUGUGUCUAGGUAGACCACGCCUAGUAUGCUGCUGAAUGUAUUGGGUGUAUCUAGGUGGAACACCUCCCCGUGCUGAUGAAUGUUCUAGGUGUAUCUAGAUGGAACACCCUCAUGCUGCUGAAUGUUCUAGGUGUAUCUAGGUGGAACACCCCUGUGCUGCUGGAUGUUCUAGGUGUAUCUAAGUGGAACACACCACUGUACUGCUGAGUCCAUGCUAACUCUUCCAUUAUGAAAGAUGUUAAUAGAAAAUCAUCAGCCCAGCAGGUGCACUGUAAUACCAGUAUCACAUGGGGUUAACCCCUGCUUUAACUUAGGCUCCUGUGGGUACUAGCUGUACAGCAGUCAAAGGCACAUGAAGCAACAAAGACCUUGACCUCAUUAAGUACAGAAUUUGUCUAAAGGCAUUCUGCCACUUGGGCGCCUGGGCUGUUGAUUUGUAGAUCUUCUGAUAUAUUUGGGAGAUGUGGGAACAGAGUUAUUGGAAAAUGUAUUUCAGUUUGAUUUCUAAAUAGAGGCCACAACAUCCUGGAGCUUAGUGUCUUUCAUGGUGUCUAAAAAGUGUUGUGGAUUAUUUUCAUUUACAUUUGAUGGUCUUAGCAUUGUUUUUCUUUUGUGAAUAUAAUCUCUGCGUUUAUGUGAACUGACUCGUGUAUCUAUUGGUUCUGGUGUGGUCAGUUUCUUGCACCAAAUACCAUUUUGUGACUUUCAUGACGAACGAUGUUUUGCUCAUAGUUCUGUAUCCAGAAGCAUUAAUGGGGAUGGGGGAGGGAAAUCAGUUCCUAAUGUGCUACCGUUUCAUAAGAUGGUGAAAGUGUGAUAGUGUUUAAAGGGUGACAGCCUUUCCAGUCAUGUUUAAUGCACAUUGGUAAGAUCCUAAAAUGCAUAACGCUAAGGUUCCUUAUGAUGCCAGUACACCAAGCAGCACAGGAAAUGUGACUGAAACUAGAGGACGUUUAACUAGACUGGGGAGAGCAGACACAGAUUCAACAGACAAUGAAGCUUUGAAUUUCAAAGUUACAUUGUCGCCAUAGUCCAGUGUAGGAGAGAGUGUUUAGGUCUUAGGGCCCAAUUCUGAGCUGAGUUCCACUGAAGCUAGAGGAGUUACUUUGGAUUGAUACUGGUGUUACUUAGAUCAGAAUCUGGCCCAUAGGUUUUCAGGAUGCUGUCUUCCCUCCAACUUAAUAUCACAGCAAUCAGAUGUACUUUAGAUUGGUUUGAUUUUUAAGGUGGAGAGGGGUCAAUUUGUGAAGGAAAAACCCAUUUAAGAGUACAAUUUUUAAUGCGGGUUAACAAAUAUCAAGACCUGGGCUCAUAUCCCCUUUCUCUUUCUUAUGCAAUUCAAAUUAACUGAGUUUGCUUCUCUAAUUUGCAUGCGUUUUGAACAUGCCAGAAGUCUUUUGUGCACUCAAGACUGUUUUGUUAAAUAAACUAUUUUGACAAAGAA